UAAUGGCAGUAGUCAAUGUACGGAUCUCCUCUCAUUGUUUACAUUUCGAAACGGUAUGUUCCCUGUGUUUUUGAGGCUGUCAUUGAUACAGGAUCAAACCUAACGCCGCAGCGAUGAUAAAUAUCGCUAAUUUAAUGUGAACACAUUCUUUCCAAGGCGGUAUCAAGUCGUCAAGCGGCGAACUAGCCCUGUGUGCUAACUAACCCAGCUCCAUCUUUACUGUAUCGCCCCGUUGCUCCAGAGAUGGCAAGUUAGUCUUGCUGUCUUAAUGUUUCUGUUGGCUUUCCUCCUGCUCGGAUCUCAAGGACAACCAAAUGACUGAGGAGGUAUAGCGCCAGGUGAGCCUGAAGGCACAGACAAAAUCUUCAUUUGAGGAAUAUCACAGGGUGCACAAUGUUUAGUGUACCUCAGAGCUCCAAGUCCGAGUUCCUGGACAAAGCCAGGCAGGCCAGAGAGGAGAGGAAGGGGCAGAAGGAGAAGGAGAGAGCAGCAAUCCAAAUCCAGGCUCUGGUCAGGAGAUUUCUCUGUCGCUGCAGACUCCAGAAGCAAAUAAGGAAAGAGGUUGAUGACUAUUUUCAAGCCUCUGAAACUGGGACAUCAAAAAGAAAUGCCCUUUCAAUUUUUAAAAUUGCUCGGAAAUUACUGCUCAUAUAUCGCCAAGAGGAUAAGAUGAGGUUCGAGAAGCUUUGUCGUGCUAUACUUGCCAGCAUGGAGGUUGAAAAUGAAUCCAAAGUUUGGUAUGUGUCCUUGGCACUCUCCAAAGACCUCACCAUUCCCUGGCUCAAGCAGAUAAAAGAUGUACUGUGGAUCUGUUGUCAGCUACUGAAAAAUUUAAAGCCUGACAUACUUCAGGACAAUAAAUUGAUAACGCUGUACCUCACCAUGCUGGUGACCUUCACGGACAUUUCAACCUGGCGGAUAGUCCGAGGGAAGGGAGAAGCUCUCAGACCUGCUUUGACGAGGAUCUGUGAAAAUAUCAUGGGCCAUCUCAAUCAAAAGGGAUUCUAUUCAAUACUGCAGAUCUUGCUCACCAAUGGCUUGGCUCGUUCUAAACCGUCUCUGUCCAAAGGCACUCUAACAGCUAUCUUCACUUUGUCACUGAGGCCAGUCCUUGCUGCUCACUUCUCCGAUAACCUGCUAAGAUCAUUCCUCAUCCACAUCAUGUCAGUUCCAGCUGUCGUAUCCCACCUCAGUGUGCUUACUCCAGAGUGUAUGGCGUCCAUACAGACACACGACCUCCUGCGGAAGUUCAUUUUGUUUCUCAGCCGGGAAGAACAGUGUUCGGACAUCUGUGUGUGUCUUGAGGGGAGUCACACACUCUGCUUACUUGGCAACCUGAUUCACUUGGGUUAUCUUAAUGAGAGAGUCCUUGAAGAGGAGGCCGGCCAUUUUGUGAAGGACUUGACCGACAUGCUGUCCUACUGCCAGAGAUAUGUAUCCCAAAAGAAGUCCAACCUUACCCACUGGCACCCUGUCCUGGGCUGGUUCUCACAAACCGUAGACUACGGCCUGAAUGAGUCUAUGCCGCUUGUCACUAAACAGCUUCAGCACCUGUGGGGUGUUUCUGUCAUUCGAACGCUCUUCAGUGACGUCCUGUCUAAAAAGCUGGAGAGUCAGGAGCCCACUCCCCCGCCUCCGCAGCCUAGCACAUCACAAAACAAUCUGCCAGUUAAAAACCUCUUCAAGCGAGCAUUUCAGAAGUCAGCUUCUGUGAGAAACAUCUUGAAACCGGUCGGAGGGAAGCGAGUCGACUCGGCUGAAGUUCAGAAGGUGUGCAGUAUCUGUGUGCUGUACCAGACUGCUCUGUCUACACUGACACAGAUACGCCUCCAGAUACUCACUGGUCUGACACAUCUAGACGACCUUUUGCCCAAACUUUGGGCCUUCAUCUGUGAGCUCGGUCCUCAGGGGGGGCUCAAACUCUUCAUGGAGUGUCUGAACAAUGACACAGAAGAGUCCAAGCAGCUCCUGUCUAUGCUCAUGCUCUUCUGUGACUGCUCACGGCACCUCAUCACAAUUCUGGAUGACAUUGAAGUCUAUGAAGAACAAACAUCUUUCAAGAUAGAGGAACUCAUCACUAUCUCCUCAUUUCUGAACACAUUUGUGUACAAGAUGAUAUGGGAUGGCAUCUUAGAAAAUGCUAAAGGAGAGAAACUAGAGUUGUUCCACAGUGUUCAUGGCUGGCUGAUGGUGCUUUAUGAACGAGACUGCAGGCGAAGGUUCACCCCUGAUGACCACUGGCUACGCAAGGACCUGAAGCCCAGCUUGUUGUUCCAAGAGCUGGAGAAAGGAAAGAAAAGAGCCCAGCUUUUACUGCAGUACAUCCCACAUGUCAUUCCACAUAAAAACAGGGUGCUGCUGUUUAGGAACAUCGUUACGAAGGAAAAGGAAAGUUUAGGAUUGGUAGAAACAAGCUCUGCUUCACCACAUGUCACCCAUAUUACCAUUCGUCGCUCGCGGAUGUUGGAGGAUGGAUAUGACCAGCUCCGUCGGCUACCAGUGAAUUCUAUAAAAGGUGUCAUUCGUGUGAAGUUUGUUAAUGACCUGGGCGUAGAUGAGGCUGGUAUCGACCAGGAUGGCGUCUUCAAAGAGUUUCUAGAGGAGAUCAUUAAGAAAGUGUUCAAUCCUGCUCUCAAUCUCUUCAAGACUACAAGUGGAAAUGAAAGGCUGUAUCCUUCACCCACAUCUUACAUCCACGAGAACCAUUUGCAGCUGUUUGAGUUUGUGGGGAAGAUGCUCGGGAAAGCUGUCUAUGAGGGCAUUGUUGUGGACGUCCCAUUCGCCUCCUUCUUCCUCAGUCAAGUCUUGGGUCACCACCACAGCACUUUCUAUAGCUCCAUUGACGAGCUUCCUUCACUGGACUCUGAGUUUUACAAGAACCUCACUUCCAUCAAGCGCUAUGACGGAGACGUAGGGGAUCUAGGGCUGACGUUAUCCUAUGAUGAGGAUGUCAUGGGGCAGCUCGUCUGUCAUGAGCUGAUACCUGGGGGGAAAACCAUGCCAGUCACCAAUGAAAACAAGAUCAGCUACAUCCAUCUCAUGGCUCACUUCCGGAUGCACACGCAGAUUAAGGAGCAGACUGCAGCUUUCAUUCGAGGCUUCCGCAGCAUCAUUAACCCAGAGUGGCUGCACAUGUUUUCCACGCCUGAGGUUCAGCGGCUUGUCUCAGGAGACAAUGCAGAGAUUGAUCUAGAUGACCUCAAGAAACACACGGUCUACUACGGAGGAUUUCACAGCAGCCACCGUGUAAUCAUCUGGCUGUGGGACAUCCUGUCCAGUGACUUCAAUGCUGAAGAGAGGGCUAUGUUCCUUAAAUUUGUCACCAGCUGUUCAAGGCCACCUCUUCUAGGCUUUGCCUACCUCAAACCACCUUUCUCCAUCCGUUGUGUAGAAGUUUCAGAUGAUCAGGACACUGGAGACACCCUUGGCAGUGUUCUUAGGGGUUUUUUCACUAUCCGCAAGAAAGAACCUGGCGGUCGACUUCCCACUUCAUCCACGUGCUUCAACCUCCUCAAGCUGCCCAACUACAGCAAGAAGAGCAUCCUGCGCGACAAGCUGCGCUACGCUAUCAGUAUGAACACAGGCUUUGAGCUCUCCUAACUCAGUUGCAUCAGGACAAUCUGCACAGGAGGGUCAUGUUAAACAGCCUGAACCAAGCGAGAGGCUCGGUCUGCCUGGACUGGAGCCACGUCACGUGAAAGUGGCAUCACCUAAACAAAAGGGGAAUCAUGAAGGACCUAUAAAGUCUCCCUUUGUGUCUUUUUAUAAACUGGAUGAGCUCUGCUCUGCUACAGCUCACUCCCUCCCAUCAAAGGGGAUGCUGUCUCUGCAGCACAAUCCAAUUUUAAGCAUCUCCCUCUGCCACUCCAAAAAUUCAAUGUUGUGUAUUUAACUUGAUGAAAUACGGAUAUACAGUGGCUAGAUCUCUGUUUCUCAGGCUUAACAGAAUCAUUCUCGGAUCUAACACUCCCAUUUUAAGCGAACUGGAAAGCAAUACAGAUGCAAUGCAAGCCAUUAGACACGUGGUUGACUCACUCGAGUGAAACCAAGCGAUGCAUUGUUAAUAUACUUACAUGCUUGGACUCCAUUAUCCAAGCAACUUUUAGCUGAUAUUGGAUGAGUCUUAAAAUGUUUUGCUGAACAUAAUGCAUCUUUUAUAAAUGGAAGACAAAUCAAUGUCUUGUGUUGAACCUCCAUGAAGCAGGAGUGGCUCACAACAGUAAUCUUGUGAUGAUUACAUUAUGUCCCAUUUCGAAGAAUCAUCCUGAAAAUCCUGUUGUUCUCGCUCCAUUUCUCCUCACCAAAAGGCAUUGCAGAGAAAAAGGUUGGCCCGUCACCUUGUAUGUUCUCAGUAUAUUUGAAAACCGAACAUCUGCCUCAGUUGUGGUGAAGCAGCAAAGGAUUUCUUGACACUAAAAAAAAAAUCUGAUCGUGCUGUUGUGUGAUUUAGGAAAAGAUGUCCUGGAACUGGAAAUGUUUUGUCACUAUUUGUUGAAUCUGCCCAGUAGAGCAGAUGCAGUCCAUGUAUUCCUAACCUACGCUUUCCAUCCAAAAAAGAAAAAAGAAGAAGAGUAAAGUCAAUCAAUGAUGUUAGUCUUUGUACUUAAUGUAAAAAUGAAGAUUUCUCACUACACCUUUGAAUAAUGCUGAGUGCCUCAUGUAUUGCCAUCCCCUCCUCGCUGUCAUGUCUGACUGUAUUUUAGCUCUAACCAGUAACCACGUAUUUUGGAAACAAGCCAUAGAAAUGGGAGGGGGGGCUAUGUACCUGAACUACUAACAAGACGCAGAAACCCAACCACUGUACUACCACUACAACUACAACAACAACAUCAACCGAGGAGGGUUUUACUAUGACUCUCUCCGAUCUCUGUGGACUUUUUAAGCCAUGCUGAAAAGAAUUUGAGGUGUAAAAACCUCUCAACAUGAUGUCAUGGACUGGUUCAUCAACCAAAUGUGACUGCUUGAUUUGAUGCUCCCUUUGGAUGGAAAUGUUGCACACCUUUCUGCUGUCCGCGGCUGUAGGGAAAAGGGACAUGAGGGUGAAUGUUACCUUAUAAGCCUAUCACUUUACACAGGGUUCAAGUACAUCAUGAAGUUACGGAAGAGAUUUCUCUGUCAUUUACCAGAAAGAUGACUACAGCUUUCAAAGAAAGGGUUAAAAGAAAAUAUCAAAUCUUUACCAAGUUCUUUUAUUAUGCAAAAAAAAAAAAAAAUGUUUUCUGUCAUGAAUGAGUAUGAAUACUUUU